AUGUCCGCGGAGGUGAUCGACACGAACCCGUACUCGCGCCUCAUGGCGCUGCAGCGCAUGGGGAUCGUGAGCGAGUACAAAAAAAUUCGCGAGAAAUCCGUCGCCGUCGUCGGCGUCGGCGGCGUCGGCUCCGUCGCCGCGGAGAUGCUCACGCGCUGCGGGAUCGGCCGCUUGCAGCUCUACGACUUCGACACCGUCGAGCUCGCGAACAUGAACCGCCUCUUCUUCCGCCCAGAGCACGCGGGGAUGACGAAGACGGACGCCGCGGUGCGAACGCUUCGCGACAUCAACCCGGACGUGGAUUACGAGUCGUACCACAUGAACAUCACCACCGUGGAGGGGUUCCAUCGAUUCACGGAGUCUCUGAAGGACCCGCACACGGGCGCGAGCAGGGUCGACCUCGUGCUCGCGUGCGUGGACAACUACGAGGCGCGGAUGUGCAUAAACCAGGCGUGUUUGGAGAUGCGUCAGACGUGGAUGGAGAGCGGCGUGAGCGAGGACGCCGUGAGCGGGCACAUUCAGACGAUGACCCCGGGAUCUUCCGCGUGCUUCGCGUGCGUGCCGCCGCUCGUCGUCGCGUCCGGGAUCGACGAGAAGACGCUGAAGCGCGAGGGCGUGUGCGCGGCGUCGCUGCCGACGACGAUGGGGAUGGUCGCCGGCAUGCUAGUGCAAAACGCGUUGAAGCACAUGUUGAAUUUCGGCGACGUCGCGAAAUACCUCGGAUACAGCGCGUUGAAGGACUACUUCCCGAGCAUGCACGUGCACGCGAACCCGGAGUGCGAUAACGGCGCGUGCGUGCGAGCGCAGAAGGAUCAUCGGGAGAUGCUUGAGAGCCCGGAGUGGAAGGCUGCGGACGCGUUGAGGGCCGCGGCGGAGGCGGCGGCGGCGGCGGAGGAGGACGCGAAGGCGCUCCACGAGGAGAACGACUGGGGGAUUUCCCUCGACGCGGAAACGGUCGAGCAGUUCAAGGUGAAAGACACGGGCGCGGACCUAGACGACCUCAUGAACCAGCUCAGCGUCCUCUCGUCGGGGAAGUGA